GACACUUCCUACUCUAUUCGUCACAGCAGCAACAAGACGGCCCUCGUUCCUCCCUCCCAGCCUCUCUACUACAUCUAACGGAAUAAACAAACAGAUAGCAACCAUGGGUGGUAAGGAUUUCGUAGUGUGUUGGAUUGUAAACGGAGCGAUAUCGUAGUGGGGAAGAAUACCAUGCAACAACAACACAGCGACCAUGGCGGAAUGCCCCGCGGCCCGGAUCCCGAAGCACCGCUGCCKAGGCACGAGAGUGCCUUUGGGUGGUGGACCGCGGAUCGGUCCCGUCCUCGUCGUUGAGCGAUGGACGGCRGGCACCGAWCGGCGGCCCGGGCUUCGGAAAGGCACCGUAUCGCAACMCCUGUAGUGGAAAACGAGCACCGCGUCUCACCUUUUUUUUGUCUYGUCCCGUUUCGCWCCGUUCUCGAACCACAGUCAAUCUUAGACUUCAGAAGCGUCUCGCGGCCUCCGUCUUGGGGUGCGGAAAGCGCAAGAUYUGGUUGGAUCCCAACGAGACCAACGAGAUCGCCCUCGCCAACUCCCGCCGCAACAUUGCCCGCCUGCAGCGUGACGGUCUCAUCAUCAAGAAGCCCAGCGUCGUGCACUCCCGUGCCCGCGUUCAGCUGAGAAACGAGGCCAAGAGAAAGGGACGACACACCGGUGAGUCUUUGGUUUGUGGCGUGCUCGGGAGCGCAGAAAUCCGUUGGCARUUSGCAGUSGAGUCGAGUGGAUCAAUGGAUGGAUGGAUGGACGAACCGCGACCCGGCGGAAGGAGGAACGCCCGCCCCCGGAAGGUUGGACCGGUGCGUCSUUCUAGCAAUAGGAGGACGUAUACCACUAGAUUUGCGAUGCGACACACCCCGGUGUGUAUCCCUCAUCCCUGGCUAGGUUCCAACGACAUGGGGGGCUAGAUUGUGUGGGUUGAAACACAUCCAUCCGGCCAGACAACCGGUAGUCCAUAUCCACGCACGGAUCGAGCCUCCACUCGGACCGUGUACUUUUUGUCACGUGACAACAUUUCUUGGUGUACGCAUCCGYGCUCACCCCUUUCGUUCUUUGCCCGUUGUUUUCGUUUUGACCCAAAGGCAUUGGUAAGCGCAGAGGUACUGCCAACGCCCGUCUCCCCUUCAAGGUCUUGUGGAUGCGUCGCCAGAGAGUCCUCCGCCGCAUGUUGCAAAAACUCAGAAACGCCGGAAAAAUCGACAAGCACAUCUACCACUCCUUGUACAUGCUCGCAAAGGGUAACCAAUUCAAGAACAAGUCCGUUCUCCUCGAAAAGAUCCACGAACUCAAGGCCGUUGUUGUCCAAGAAAAGGCCCUCGCAGAACAAGCUACCGCACGAAAGACCCGUGCCAAGAACCGACUUGAGCGACGAGCGGCCAAGGAAGCCAAGAAGGCCGCCGAUGCCGAAGCCGCAUCAAACCUUUAAAUAACUAGUAUUGUAUCAUCAAACCAAAUAUAAUACGAAAGAAAUUUUACCCCUAAUU